AGAAAGAGGUGGAUGGAGAGGGAGUGAUUGGAGCAAAAAUAAAUCUGGAAAGCAGCCUGAUGAAAAACAGCACAGAGAAAAAACUGACGAUGUUCUUCUGGAGAUAAAAGCAACUCACAGACUAUUUUUUUUACAACAGUCUUAAAUACACAGAAGAUAGUGCCAUGAGAAACUAGUGGGACCAUCAAAGCUCUGCGGAUUGAGGUUUCUGUCUCAGGAUGACUGUCACUUAUUCCAGUAAAGUAGCCAACGCCACCUUCCUGAGUUUCCAUCGGCUGCUGCUGCGUUGGAGGGGGAGCAUCUACAAGCUGCUGUACCGAGAGUUCACCCUGUUUGCUCUGCUCUACACCAUCCUCAGCCUCGUAUACAGGCUCGUCCUCUCAGAGCAGCAGAAGAGAUUAUUUGAGAAACUUUCCAUUUACUGCGACAGAUACGCUGAGCAGAUUCCUGUCACCUUUGUCCUGGGUUUCUAUGUCACUUUGGUGGUGAAUCGUUGGUGGAACCAGUUUGUUAACCUGCCCUGGACAGACAGACUCAUGUUCCUCAUCUCCAGUUGUGUACAGGGUAAAGAUGAAUACGGGCGUCUUCUGCGACGGACGUUGGUACGUUACGUCAAUCUGACGUCGCUGCUCAUCUUCCGCUCCGUCAGCACGGCAGUCUGCAAGCGAUUCCCAACCAUGGAUCAUGUGGUUGAGGCAGGUUUCAUGACUCCUGAGGAGAGGAAGGUAUUUGAAAAUAUACGUUCUCCUCACCUGAAGUACUGGAUACCGGUCGUCUGGUUCUCCAACCUGGCGUCUAAAGCCCGGCAAGAAGGACGAAUCCAAGACAGUAUUGACCUGCAGAAUAUUCUGAAUGAGAUGAAUCUGUUCAGGACAUGGUGUGCGACUCUUUUUGGCUACGACUGGGUCGGCGUCCCAUUGGUUUAUACGCAGGUCGUCACUCUUGCUGUCUACACCUUCUUCUUCGCUUGUCUAAUUGGUCGUCAGUUUCUCGACCCCGCCCAGGGUCACGCCGGCCAUGACCUCGACCUUUACAUCCCUGUCUUCACCCUGCUGCAAUUUUUCUUCUACUGCGGCUGGCUUAAGGUAGCAGAGCAGCUGAUUAAUCCAUUUGGAGAAGAUGAUGAUGACUUUGAGGCUAACUGGAUUAUUGACAGAAACCUUCAGGUGUCUCUGCUGGCAGUGGAUGAGAUGCACAUGAACCUUCCUCACAUGACCAAAGAUGUGUAUUGGAACGACAGUGAUGCACGCCCGCCAUACACUCUGGCUGCUGCAGAUUACUGUAUCCCUUCUUUCCUUGGUUCCACCACCGACAUGGGACUCUCUGACAUCCUGCAGCUUGAUGAAUGUGAGAUUUCAGACUGUCGGCCACAGCGACAGGAGCCCAUUUCGAUCCGAAGACAAGAGUCGGUUCUGGGUCGAGUCCGACGCCUGCUUAGUGUUCAGGAGCCUCCUGAUCUCAGACAUCCUCGACCUGUCUUCAAACGACACAGCAGCGAUGCACCCAGCAGCUUCUUCCUGGACCUCAGGGGCAAUCCAGGUUCAGCAGAUAUCGCUCCACCCUCUUCCUUAGCCAUUCCUCCGUCGUCUUUGGACACCCUGUCCACCUUACGGGAGGUCAAUAGCAACCCACCAUCACCUGAGAGUUCAUCCUCAGUUGUUUUCCCUCGACUGGUUGUCAGCCCACCAUUGUUCUCUGAUGCCUGUCACAAUGGGGAGUCUUUUGGAAAAAAUCAAAACGGCCUGGAUCACUCUCCCACUGAUGAACUACCAAACAUGGAAACUACAAGUUUUUCUAGAACAGGCUCCAUGUGUUGUUCCCCAACUCAACUGGGACCGAGGGAGUUCCGCUGGACGACCGUCAACGUCAAGAAUCGCCCACCAACCCGGCCGAGGGGACGUCAGUUCUCACUGCAGUUCUCCAGGCAGACUUCAAAGGCGUCAAUCCGUAGCCUGCCGAGUCCAAAGGGACUGGGCCGUCGGAGAAGAGACCUGGGUCGCCAUCAGUCCCGGAGAUCACCUAGUCCAACCACCAACACCCUCCAAUUGCCGGAGGCAGAUUACAACAAUGAGUUCCAGGGUACGGCAGGGAGCGAGGACAAUAAGAGGGAUGAAAUGGACCAGAACGAAGAGCUCAAAGACUCUCAGUCAGAAAGUUUAGAGAAGAAAUGAGAGACAAUUAAAGAUCAGAGAAACUGGCAAUAGCUGGAUCCAGGAGGGGUCGUUAUUUUGUGCAAAGAGAAAGAGGCAUUAAAGUGGAGCUGGAAGAUGUUUUGGUUUAAAUCAUGACUUAAAACAUGGACCUGAGGUACUUCAAAGUCAGGUGUUUGGGUUUAACAUUUGGCCACAGUUUGUUGUUAGACGAAACCCUGAGGGAUGACUUGGUGCAUUCAGAACUACUGAAUUUCCUUUGAGUUUCCAGAUUGGGUCUCGAUGGGUCAUGUUGAAGCUGCACUAAAGUUAAAUAAAACAGAAAGAAGGAAACAAGCCAAAGGCAUCAGAAACCAGUGAAAAACAUAUAAAAUGGACAGGAAACAAUGUAAGAAAAAACAUGCAUGAUUAAUGGUUUUUAAUAACUCUAAAUACACACAAAGUCUUCUUCGCUGCCAUCUAGUGGUCAAAAAAGAAACUCCAGUCCUUAUUAUAGUAACUCAGGAGGUUGAGGAACAAUCCUCUCCGUUUUAGUGUGAAAAUUAAUUGUUUAGGUAAUUUAGCAGAAGUAGUGAACGUCCAGAUUUAUUAUUUAAAUACAACUUGGGACUGUUUCUUAAUAAGACACCAAAAAGUAAACAUUU